GCUGCUGUGUAGUUUUUAAAAUUUUGCCUUCAAAGUUCUUUUUAUCCUCCCCACAUCCCCCUGGGGCUCUAACCUAGGGGCCAGUGAGCUAUAACCCCAGCCCUUUUACUUAUUUAUUUAGUGAUAGUGGGGACUGAACUCAGGAUCUUCUCAUGGGCCUAUUUCCCCAGCCUUUUUCAUACAUUUUUGUUUGUUUAUUUAUUUGUUUUAAUUUUGAGACAGGGUCUUGCUAAUGUGCUGAGCUGCCCAACAAGCAGGGUUUGAAUUUGUGAUCAUCCUACCUCAGACUCAAGAGUGCUGGGAUAAGAGCUAUAACAACAAGCUGUACGGGUCCGGAACUGUGUGUGUUAGGAACUCGCCCCUGGCUUGUGUAUUACUUUACACUCCUGCUGCCGUGAACUUCUGGCUGUUCUUUGUCAGCCACACGUGAACGUGACAUGAAGGUGGAAAGGCACUCUGACAGUUUGGAUAUCGGUGGGAUGUUUUGGCCAGAAAGUACCAGAAAACUCAAAAAUAGCUACCCAAUAAGAUCCAGCCACUUUGGGACUCACUCCACAGCCCACAAGUCCCAGUUUCUGUGGUACAAACAUGAAACCAAGCCGUCUACUCUGCCUCCACUCCAGCAAACCAGCAUCCAUAGCAGAAGCAAAAUGAAGACUUUAAGUACAGGCCGUGCAGCAGUGCCCUCCAAGCUCACUCCAUUGGUGACAAGCCAGCCGAAGGAUCCACAAGAAAGGCAUAUAAGGGAGAAGCCGCACCAAGGAAAGAUGCCAGCCAAACCCAGGCUAAUGAGGAUGAUGCUCCGGAACCAGCGGAACUUGCUCCAGGACAUCCGCAAACACAAAUGUUUCCUUGCCAAGAAGAAUGAACAGUUGUUCAAGUCCAUCCUGGACACAGAGGCCAGCACGGCACUGCAAGUGCGGGCCAUGCUGCAGCAGGAAAAUAUUGCAGUGAACAUGAUGGACAUUCUGGAGUACUCAAACAACAAGCUACAGAGGUCGAAGUUUGAGCUUCAGGAGUGGAAAGAGAAGGAAGAACACAAGAAGAACAGCCUGGAGCAGCAGGCAGAGCAGCUGAACACCAGGAUCAAGAACACCCAGGAGUUGGUGAGCUUCCUGAGCACGUACAUGGACCACGAAUACCCCGUUAGGUCCGUGCAGAUUAGCAACCUGGUGCGCCAGCUGCAGCAGGUGAAGGAUGACCAGCAGGAGGAGCUGGAUAACCUCGGUGAGAUGCGCAGAAUGGUGCUGAAGACUCUGUCCAACAAAAAGCAUGAAAAAAAGAGAAAAGUUUGGAGGUCGCUGGUGGUGAAAACCCAGCGCCCUCGUGACAAAACCCUUGUACAGGUGACCCAGGACAGCCAGUACCAGCAGAAAUGCAUUGUCAAGUGCAGAGAACUUAUUGACCAAUGGAAAGAGAAGAUUCCCGCAUUAAGAGCCGAGGUGGAAGCGCUCCGGGCCCAGCUCCAAGAUCUGCGGGAGGUCAUUUUUGAGGAUAUUCUGCUUCGGAGACCCAAGUGCACCCCAGACAUGGACGUUGUCCUCAACAUCCCUGUGGAGGAGUUGCUUCCUUUCUAGACGGCCAUGUCAUGGGCCCCCCUGCUCUGCCUGCUGUCUCCCCAGCACCCGGAGCCCUCUUUGGUUUACCUCCAAGACUGCGUCUCCAUCCAGGCCCAGGUCUGCAGUUCCCCGUCUUCCUGUCUGUAGCUUUUUUCUUCUCUUCUUCUUCUUUUUUGGUUGGUGCUCCUCCUUGGGCUGUGGCGGAAGUCUGUGAAAUCUGUCAUUCCUUUUGAUGAAUAAAGCUGGAUUUGCA